AGGCCCCGAAUGGAAUUAAUUUCAUUGGCCAGGAAGUACCCAGAUUCGCCCAGCCUCAUCUAUUGUUUACGCCCACAUUUCUAACCUUAAACUCUUGAGAGAUUGUCACAGAUUGUAGCAUUGUAGAACAUCUGUAAAGUUGCAAGUUGUUAGGCUAGGAACAAAUAUGACAUAUUUUAUAACAAUAACAAAUAACUAACAAUAAGAAAAAUGUUCAGAAAAUUGAUUUUUUUUAAAAUUUUUAGGAAUGAUUGUUCAUUGGUCCGGUGCCUUUCCAAGCAAUCCAGCCCCCAAGUUAAAACUGAUUUUACCAAUGGAAUUAAAGAAAUUGUAAUGUGCAGUGCAAAAACCAGAAAUGCGCUUUCUAUAGCAAUGAUGGAAACGCUUAGUGAUCAUAUAUUGUGCGAUCAACAAAAUAACGAUUUAAGAGCCAUCGUAAUAUCUGCAGAGGGAUCUGUUUUUUCGUCCGGGCAUAAUUUAAAAGAACUGGCAAAUAAUCGGGAAAAACAAGAAGUUUGUUUUAAAAUAGCCACGCAAUUAAUGAACUGUAUAAUAGAUAGUCCUGUGCCAGUUAUAGCAAAAGUAGACGGCGUGGCAGCGGCUGCAGGAUGCCAAUUAGUUGCGCAAUGCGAUAUUGCUAUCUGCUCGGAAAAAAGCCAGUUUUCCACUCCUGGUGCAAAUUUCGGUAUAUUUUGUUCCACUCCUGGCGUUGCCUUAUCUCGUUGUGUAAAUAAAAUGCCAGCUCUCUACAUGCUCCUAACUGGCUUGCCUGUAUCCGCACAAGAGGCUUUUCAAAUCGGCUUGAUAACUAAAGUUCGUUCUAGUGACCAACUGAACGAAGAAAUUGAAAAUAUUUGCAGAGCAAUUAAAACAAAAAGUCGAGAUGUUAUCGAACUAGGAAAACGAUUUUACUACAAACAAAUUCAAUAUGAUGUCAAAAAAGCUUACGAACUAGGCGGGGAUAAGAUGGUAGAAAAUUUACAGCUACCGGAUUGCAAGGAAGGCAUUCAAAGUUUCAUUGAAAAAAGAAAACCGCAAUGGGGAACAGGAAAGGAUUAGUACGAGUGUAUCCACGAACAAUAAUUUUCUCUUAUAAAAUGCAAUGAAUCAAUUGACACAGCUGUUAAAUUUUAGGCUUCUAAGCACAACCGCCUUUUAUGAGGUAAUUUCUUCUUAUUGAGCAGUAGAUGGGACUCAAAUAGUCAA